CGACGUUUUCCCCCCGUAUUUCUCAUACAGCGGGAUUCCCCCGAUGCGCGGUGUCUAGCAUUCCAUCCAGCUCGUGCCUGACUAUCGUGUUCACCAUCAGGCACCAUACCGACUCUCGAUUCCAAAGGCGAUGGAACUCAAGCGUCAGCUUGAGGAGCUCCUUCGACUUGGUUUCAUUAAACCUAGUAACUCCCCUUGGGGUGCACCUGUCCUCUUUGCUCGCAAAGCGGACGGUACUCUCCACCUCUGCAUCGAUUAUCGCGGCCUUAACCGUUACACGGUUAAGAACAACUAUCCCAUGCCCCGCGCGGAUGAGCUGUUUGACCGUCUGGCAGGCAACCGCUUCUUCACGAAGAUCGAUCUUCGUAGCGGUUACCACCAGAUCCGCGUUGCCGCAGAGGACCAGCCGAAGACCGUCGUCCGGUCGCGCUUCGGCCACUAUGAGUUCACGGUGAUGCCAUUCGGCCUCACCAAUGCACCCGCCACCUUCCAGACGGCGAUGAACGACAUCUUCAGGGACAUCCUUGAAGAAUACGAUCUCGUAUACCUGGACGACAUCCUAGUCUACAGUCGUACCUUAGAAGACCAUAUGAGACACCUUCGCGAUGUCCUACAGCGCUUACGCAAGCAUAGCUUCUAUGCCAAGCUCAGCAAGUGCCGCUUUGCCCAGCGCAACGUGGACUUCCUAGGACACCAUGUGUCUGACCAGGGUCUCCACAUGGACGACGCGAAGAUCACUGCUAUUGCAGAGUGGCCCUGGGACUUACACUUAGCCCACGCGGAGAUUGCGUACAACCACGCUGUUUCACCAGCCACGGGGAUGUCGCCAUUGUAUUGCGACCUCGGCUACCACCCUCGCGUACCUGCGGAUUUCCUACGACCAUCGCGGUUGCGCCCAGACACUCGUUGCCCUGCGCUUGACGACUGGAUCGCCCACAUGACGGCGAUUAUGAAGCGCACACACGAGAGUUUAGCCGACUCCCAGACUCGCAUGGCCGCACGAGCGAACCAAUCACGAAUGAAUCAUCCAUUCAAAGUCGGUGACGAUGUGCUCGUCGACGCACGCCACUUACAUCUCGAAGCAGAUAUGCUUCGCAAGUUCGGGCGUCGUUUCUUUGGUCCAUGCCGCAUCCUUCAGGCCGUCGGCUCUGAUACUGCCGCUAGUCCGGUCAGCUUCCGUGUGAAGCUACCUGAUUACCUUCGACAGACUCGCGUACACGAUGUUUACCACGUCUCCUUGCUGCGUCCUUAUCGCAGACCGUCCGAGCGCUUCGCCGGACGCCCUUAUGAGCGCCCUCCACCUAUCAUGGUGGACGGUCACGAGGAGUUCGUUGUUUCCGACAUCGUAUCACRCCGAGUUACCGACGAUAYCCCUCCACGCAUCGAGUACCUUGUGCGUUGGAAGGGCUACCCUGAUGAGGAGGCUACUUGGGAGCCCCUCGAGCACUUGCAGCACGCCAGGAUGUUGGUGCGUGCAUAUGAUCGUGCUCGUCGUGCUGGGACAUUUGCUUCUACUCAGCCAACUGACCCUCUUCCUCCUCCUCUGGCUGAGGAGAUCGCUGAGGAUGAGCCUGCUCCCUCUGAGGCCGUUCCUCAGCCGCAGAUGGUCGCCUCCGAGCGUCCACAGCGCACUCAUCGUCGCCCUUCACGUUACGAUGACUGAAACUCUUAUCCUCCAUCUUUCCCCACUGACUCACACCAUCAGGUACUCCAUCAUCAGCUCUUCUUCAGGAUGUCAGCGUUUUGCGGCUCUGCUUCGA